AUGUCUGGUAGAAGAAGAGCAUAUCCACAACCACAGUAUGCUGCUGGAGCUGGAGCAGCAGCCCCACCACCUGUUCCAAAUCAAUUCCAGCAGCAACAAAUGGCCCAACAACAACAACAACAACAACCACAACAACAACUGCCUUAUGGGGUUGAUCAAAUGCAAAAUCAAUUUCAACAAAUGAAUGUUGGUGGUUCCCCUGCCGUUGGAGGUGCUCCUGUUUCACAGUUUGCUUACCAGCAACAACCGGCCCAAGCCCAACAAUCACCACGUCUUAAUUAUGAUCCAUACCAACCUCAACCUGGACAAAAUACUGGUGUAUAUGGACAAGGUAUGGGCGGUAUUCCACCAGCAGCCGGUGCAGCUGGAGGUGCAGCAUAUGGUGCCUAUGGCCAACCAAACAAUAUUGCUUCUGGUGUUCCAUUGAAUGCGAUAUAUACCACUGAUUUAUCCAGGGACCUUCCUCCACCAAUUGCAGAAUUGUCAUUCCCACCACCACCAAUCACUUUAGCUGAUAGUGCCACUUUGAUUCCAGGAUCCAAGACUGCAAAUGCCACUCCAGAAUACUUUAGAUCUACUUUGAAUGUUAUCCCAACUAAUUCAUCACUUUUGAAGAAAUCAAAGUUACCAUUGGCAAUUGUUGUUAAUCCUUACAAUGCAUUGAAAAUUGAAGAUGAAAAUAUCCCAGUCACUUCUGACACUGUCAUUAGCAGAUGUCGUCGUUGUCGUGGUUACAUCAACCCGUUUGUUACCUUGGCUGAAAAUGGUAGACGUUGGAGAUGUAAUUUCUGUAACUUGUUGAAUGAUAUUCCUAGUGCAUUUGAUUACGAUGAAAUAAGCGGUCAAGUAAAGAACAAGUUUGAUAGAGUUGAAUUGAACCAUUCCGUUGUUGAAUUUGUUGCUCCAAAAGAAUAUAUGGCUAGAGCUCCACAACCAAUUGUUUACACCUUCAUCAUUGAUGUUUCUGUUCACGCCAUUCAAAGCGGUUUAACUGGCACCAUUACCAGAACUAUCUUGGAAAGUUUAGACAGAAUUCCAAAUGAAAACAAGACUGCCAGAGUUUCCUUUAUUGGGGUCGAUUCCAACUUGCACUACAUCCGUUUCAACGAAGGUUUAGAAGGAACUGAAGUAUUGGUUGUUGCUGAUAUUGACGAACCAUUCUUGCCAUCUCCAGAUGGUUUGUUGGUCAACUUGGACGAAAACAGAGAAGCUAUUGAGAAAAUGUUGUUGGACUUCCCAACCUACUUUGAAAACAAUGCCAACCAAGGUUUUGCUUUAGGUCCAGCUUUGAAAGCUGGUCACAAGAUGAUUAGCAAUAUUGGUGGUAAAUUGGUCUGUUUUGCUGCUUCUUUACCAAAUAUUGGUGAAGGUAAGUUAAGUGUCAGAGAUGAAGCCAGUGUUGCUGGUAAGGCUAAAGAAGCCAAGGCUUUGUUAACUCCAGCUGAUAGUUUCUAUAAGUCAUUUGCUGUUACUUGUAACUCUUCCCAAGUUACUGUUGAUUUGUUCUUGACUUCUUCUGCAUACCAAGAUGUUGCCACUUUGUCUAAUCUUGCUAGAUACACUGCUGGUCAAACACACUUUUACCCAGCCUGGACAAGCAACAAAUACGAAGAUGUUGCUAAAUUAUCAAAGGAAGUCAGUGACCACUUAUCUCAAGAUAUUGCUCUUGAAGCCGUCUUGAGAGUCAGAGGAUCUACUGGAUUUAGAAUGUCUUCCUUCUAUGGUAAUUUCUUCAACAGAUCAUCUGAUUUGUGUUCAUUCCCAACAUUCCCAAGAGACCAAUCAUAUCUUAUUGAAAUGUCGAUAGAAGAAACCAUCAGCAAGCCUAUAGUUUACUUCCAAGCUGCUGUAUUACACUCCACAUGUUUCGGAGAAAGAAGAAUCAGAGUCAUGAACUUGGCCUUGCCAACAUCCUCCAAAUUGGUUGACAUUUAUGCUUCUGCUGACCAAUUGGCCAUCACAAACUACUUCACUCAUAAGGCUAUCGAAAAGGCUUUGGCUAGUUCUUUGCCAGAGGCUAGAGAAUUCUUGAUUGCAAAAGUUGUUGAUAUUUUAAACAUUUACAGAAAGGAAUUGGUUGCAGGAAAUGUUUCAGGGGCAUCACCAUUGCAAAUUUCUACCAACUUGAGAAUGUUGCCAUUACUUUUGUUCUGUUUAACCAAGCACUUGGCCUUUAGAGGUGAAAGGGUUCCAUCAGAUCACAGAGCUGCCGCAUUGAACAACUUGGGUUCCUUGCCAAUUCCUCAAUUGAUUAAAUCUAUUUAUCCAACUGUUUAUUCAUUACACAAUAUGCCAGAUGCCUGUGGCUUACCUGGUGUUAAAGAUGAAGAAGAUGAAGACAGUGCUGCUGCUGAAAUUGAUGUUGUUCUCCCAGAACCUAUCAACGAUUCCAAAGCAUCCUGGGAGAACUAUGGUUUGUACUUGAUUGACAAUGGUAGUGAAUUGUUCUUGUGGGUUUCCGGUAAUGUUGUUCCAGGUUUAGUUCAAGAUUUAUUCGGAACUGAAAACUUGUACGAAAUCCCAACUGGUAAGACCGAAUUACCUGAAUAUUCUCUUGAAGAAUCCGAGUUCAACUAUAGAGUCCGUCAAAUUAUUGGCAAGAUCAGAGAACAAAAUGACUCAAUUGUGUGGAAGAAUCUUUAUGUCGUUGUUGGUGCUUCAUCUAAUGAACCAAUUGAAAUUUCUCAACAACGUGACUUGAUGGCUUUGAGAAUGUGGGCCUCAAGUUGUUUGGUAGAGGACAAAACCGGAAGCGAAGCUUCUUAUAGAGAUUUCUUGACUUCCUUGAAAUCAAAAGUUACUCAAUAG